AUGUCUGACAUUUUUCCUCCUACUGUCCUUGCACAACCAAAGACACCACCGCCUCAUCAACCGGCUGAGCCGGUGCCAAUUCCCGAGUCAACACCUCGAAGCCUGAAGCAAUCGAGCUACCAUCAAAACUCGGUUUCCAAGAAGCGUUUGGAGGACGUCAAACGUCGACUGGCCAAAGAGAUGGACGAUCAAUUCGUGGAAGUCUCCGUCGAGACCUUCAUGGACGCGUUCGUUCCCGGUAUAGAUCCCGAUGAGCAGGUACAAGAGAAAUUCGUAUCAUUCGCGGAUGAAUGUUACAAACGGACAGAGUCACAUAUGUACCCAAAUAUGUGUGAGGUGAUACAAUCCGUCCUCGAUACGUGCUCGAAAGACAGACUUGCUGCGAAGGCGACAGGAAACUGGCCUGAUUUCUCUGACAAGGACAGCCAGACUCAGAAGAAACCCGACGUGACCAUAUACCCGACCACUGAUGCAGCUGAGCGCGCGUACAAGCUCGCUGAUGCAGAUCUGAAGAAAAAAAGCAAAUCGCAGCAGCUAUACGGGGCGCACACAUCGUGGGCGUGGUCGUUGCUGCCGAUAGAGCUCAAGUCGACACGCCACACUGAGCGGCCAUUCUACUUCGGCCAGGAGGGCUUCCUCCGCCCCACUUCCGGAGGCUCUAUUGGUCGGGGACAAAUUAGCGACUACGCGGCGAAUCUGAUGCGACGCCAGCACCGACUGUUUUGUUUCAUGAUCGUCGUUGCGGGGCGGCAUGCACGUCUGCUGCGCUGGGACCGAGUAGGGGCAGUCGUGUCGAAGGAUUUCGACUUUGUGGCGGAUCCGGGGAUGUUGCAGAACUUCUUCUAUCGGUUUGGUAACAUGGACAGUGCACAGCGCGGUUUCGACCCGACCGUUAAGCUUGCUCGUGCGGAAUACGUCGAGGAGAUGAAGGAGCACGUUGAAGGGCUUUCGGGCUAUCACAAGAAAUGUUUCGAAGAUGCGCUCUCUCACCAAACGACCUGGCCGCUUUAUGAAGUUACCGUACAUCGAGACGACGUUAUAGACAAUGAUCUUAUGCCUCGUACGAAAGAGUCGGCUGAACGACUGUCAGGUACCCAGCGCUCGGGGGAAGGCCCUGAGGAAAGCUCGGACGUGUCGGAGAAAACCAAGUCACACGAAGAUGAGAAACGCUUCACAUUCAUUGUUGGCAAGUAUCGCGCAGCCAGCUAUUCGCCCACAGGACGGGCGACAAAAGGCUACGUUGCAUUCGACAUGUUCUUGAAGAAGCUGGUGUUCGUGAAGGAUACGUGGCGUGUCAAAUCUUCCCGCGUGCCUACGGAACGCCAGGUGUAUGAAGAUCUGUGGAAACAUCAAGUGAAGAACAUCGUCACUCCCCUCUGUGGCGGUGAUGUCCGCGCGCUCAGGUCCGAUGGCGGGGCUGUUUUCCAUGUCACUGAGACUCAGAAGUACCUGAAAACGAAUGAGUCGGCUCGAGUUCAGUAUCGACUCAUCGUUUAUGAAGUCUGCCAACCGCUUCAAGAUUAUAAGGACUCUAGGCAGCUGAUCAAAGUGUUGUACGACGCACUCCGUAGUCAUCGGGAUGCUUGGGAGAGGGCCAGAAUUCUUCACCGCGACAUCAGUGUCGGAAACGUCAUGAUAGAAUGGGACGGAACGUCGUUUCGUGGCAUACUCAACGACUGGGAUUUAUGCAAGUACAAGGAUGACCUGAAAAACGGGCCUAUUCAGCCUCAGCGCUCGGGAACGUGGCAGUUUAUGUCUGCGUUAUUGUUGAAGGACCCGAAGAAGCUCCAAGAGGUCUCUGACGACCUCGAAUCAUUUGUCCACCUCACUAAUUGGCUUGUCCUCCGCUAUCAUGAGCAUGGGUUGAGUGGGGACCCUGAAGUUCUGAAAACGCACGUCACAGGCACCUACGAUGCAUACACUACAGGGGCCGCUGGCGAUGUGGGUGGCGACCUUAAAUUCUACCACAUGAAUGGCGGUCACAUCCCCUUCGGUCCUAUCGUCAGUGCGCCGCUCGAGAUGCUCACCAUGGCACUCGCUGAAGUAUGCAAGGAACAUUAUCAGGCUGUCGUUCCACAGGCAGUGCCAAGCAUAACCAGGAGCCAACCGGUGCAGCGCAACGUGCCUCAGGAUGCUGAUGAGAGUGAAGAUGAGGAAACCGCGGAAGCAGUUCCCAUAGUAUCCGAGACCCUGGCGGUACGCAGUCCCUCGAGAGCAACAUUGUCUACUCAUAAAGCGAUCAUGGCUGCUUUCCGAAAGUGCUUAUGGAUAGAUGCGGACGAUAAAGUCGACGACCAGUUUGCGACAUUCUCAACGCCAGCUUCUGUCCAUCGCACCAUCGGUUCCAGCACGAAACGCAAGUCGACCAGUGGAAAUCCCAGCAGCGCAAACAAGCGGAGGCGUGUCAGUUCCGAGCAGUUUGGCUCUACUGGCACCGGCAUCUCAUCACUCGACGUAUCGUUACCCGUAGUUACCGAGGACGGAGCGGAUGUUUAG